AUUUCAAGAAGCCAAGUAUUAUGGAGAAGAGGAUGGGAAUUCUGGGCAUAUUUGGUCUGUUCAAGGAGGCUGGGGAGCAAAAUUGUGGGCUGAGAAUUGGGGGAGAAAUGGGACUCACAGCAGAGCAAGUCUAUAUCUGUACUGAGGCUGGGAGAGGUGGGCUAAGGACAGGGGAAGCUUCGAGUAGGGCAGGUCCUCAUAGUGCCUGGCUUCUUUCCACCAGUGACUCCACCUCAAUUCUCCAUCGUCAUGGAGUACUGUGAACUUGGGACCCUGAGAGAGCUGUUGGAUAGGGAAGAAGACCUCACACUCAGCAAGCGCAUCGUCCUAGUCCUGGGGGCAGCCCAAGGCCUGUACUGGCUACACCAUUCAGAAGAACCUGAACUCCACGGAAAAAUCAGAAGCUCAAACUUCCUGGUAACUCAAGGCUAUCAAGUGAAGCUUGCAGGAUUUGAGUUGAGGAAAACACAGACUUCCAUCAGUUUGAAAACUAAGAGAGAAAAGACAGACAGAGUCAAAUCUACAGCAUAUAUCUCACCUCAGAAACUGGAAAAUAUAUAUCAUCGAUAUGAUGUAAAGUCUGAAAUAUACAGCUUUGGAAUCGUCCUCUGGGAAAUCGCCACUGGAAGGAUCCCGUUUGAAGGCUGUAAUUCUGAGAAGAUCUAUGAGCUGGUGGCUGUGAAGCGGCAGCAGGAGCCGCUGGGUGAAGACUGCCCUUCAGAGCUGCGGGAGAUCAUUGAUGAGUGCCGGGCCCAUGAUCCCUCUGUGCGGCCCUCUGUGGAUGAAAUCUUAAAGAAACUCUCCACCUUUACUAAGUAGUGUAUCGAAAUCUAAACCAAGGAUUCCCUGGACAAGAAGCUGGCAGAGGCACAAAUUGGACAUCUCUCUCUCUCAUAUCCUUUGGUAUUGAGUUAUUUAUGGGUGCAAGGAGUGGGAGCAUUUAUCUGUUACAAAUAGAAAAUAAUUCCAGUCAUACAGGAUACAUCCCACUCCAAAUGAUAUUUCCAAAAACAUAUCUCUGACAGUAACUUUGAUAGAUGGUUUGUCAAAUGUAUCUUUCUGGGUGUCCACACCUCUUGGCAAUGUAAUUUGUAGCUCCUCCCAUCCACAAAUGAAGUCUCUUUCCCCACCAUUUCAAUCUGGGCUGGCAUUGGGACUUGAUUUGAUCAAUAGAAUGUGGAAGAAGUGACUGUGUGCCAGUUCCAAGCCUAGGUUUCAAGAGGCCUUUUAAAUGUCUGUUGCAACCUUACCCAGCCAUGAACAUGUUGAGUGAGCAUGCUGGGAAUGAGAGACCACAUGAAGCAGAAACAUGCUUUCCUAGCUGAAGUCAUACUAAACCAAGCAACAUGGCAGCUAACACAUGAAUGAGGACAAUCAAGACCAGAAGAACCACUCAAGCAGAGCCCAGUCCAAAUUGCCCAUUCACACAAUCAGGAGCUAAAUAAAUUACUGUUGUCUUAACCCUAA